CAUCAUCUGAAUAGCAAAUAUUUGUGAGCCAAUCUGCUGGAGAAACCUGCUCUCCAGCUAUUCAGUGCAGAGAGAGAGAGAGUGAGCUGAUCAUUGGAGUACCCUGACACUUAACUGAGAAACGUAAGCCAGCAAGCACAGAGUGAAAACAAUAGCGUACACACCUUCAGCUAGGGCUUUGUCUCGGCGGCACUCUCACUGGGUAUCCUCUGCUCAGUGUCUGCAGGUCUUCACUGAGGACCAGCUCGGGAAGGAGUUUUGUGUUUUCCCACCAAGCAAGGGCUCCAGGCAGCAGAUCCUCCUGGGUGUCCUGUUUUUCAGUCAGUGCUCCUGGCAGUUUGCCCCACAUGGGGAGUUCGGAGCUGUACGCAGUUUCAUACUAGUGCUGGUCAUGGGUGGAUGUCACAGUAUGGGCAGAUCAGCAAUUGUAGAACAUUCACCAAGAAAGCAGGAAUUUAUAGAUCUCAAUGGACCAAAGCUGAAGAACAACAUCACAAAAUCACCCUGUUUGCUUACUGGAAAGCCCUAUUUACAGCCUGGCUGUGUUUCAGAAAGGAUUGUACAGGUGGAUUUGAAGACGUUGGUGUCUCUCCCUAAUGGGUUCGACAAGGCUGAGUGGAUGGCCACAAACACAAUUGCUUUCUUCAAGCACAUCAACGUGUUCUCAGGCGCUGUGUCUGAGUUAUGCACUGGUACAACCUGUCCAACCACUUCUGCUGCCGGUAACAAGAUCUACUAUUGGCAGGACGACCAUGGGAAAAGGGUUAAGUGCUCAGGUCCGCUCUACACAGACUAUGCGAUGUCCUACAUACAGGAACUGAUUACUGAUGAAAACGUUUUUCCUACCACAAAUGGUUCUACUUUCCCUAGCGGCUUUGUCUUCAUGGUCCAGAAGAUCUUUCUCUACCUGUUCCAUAUCAUGGCCCAUCUGUAUUGGGCACACUACAGAGACAUAGCGAGAUUAGAGCUGCACCCUCACCUCAACACCCUCUACGCACACUUCAUGGCCUUCAACAAAGAGUUUGGCAUCCUUGAUCCACAGGAGACUGCCAUCAUGGAUGACCUGACAACCGCUAUGUCUAAACACAGCCUUUACUGAGAGAUCCUUGAAGGACAAUGGUCAGUCUUACUGUACCUCUUGCUUUGAGGGACAUUGAUAGGUGCUAUCGUAAAACAAGGCAAUCCUCUAGUGAAGGCAAAAAAACAAUAGAAAGCUCUCCACAUUUUCUGGUUUGAGGAAUAAAAACAAACAGGACGUUCACCAUUGUGCAACAGCACAUGAAGGAUCAUUGGCCAACCUUUAUUUUUUCAAAGCUUUCAACCCUGUCCCUAAGAAGAUGAAUACAUUCUCUUGUCAAGAGCAGGAAUGGGAGAAUAUCUAAAACUGCUGAGAAUAAAAGGGCGCACAGGAUCUCAACUUACCUAUUGACAGAUCUGGAUGGAAAAUUGUUUACUGCAGGUUUUGCUGGAGUAUUUUGGGACUUUGGAUCAACAGUUUGGAGGGAAACAUGCAUUUAGGUAAAAUGACUUUCAAAUCACAUACUUGAUGGUACAUUGAAAUUUCGUUCUGUUUGAUAUUUUAUUUUAAAACACUGAAACUCAAAAUCAAUUAUUGUAAGGUGACAUUGGUCUUAUGUUGGGAAAUAUUUUUAAGAAAAAUAAAAAACUGAAAUAUCUUGCUUGCAUAUAUAUAUAUAUAUAGACAUACACACACAGUGCCUUGCAUAAGUAUUCACCCCCCUUGGACUUUUCCACAUUUUGUAGUGUUACAACCUGGAAUUAAAAUGGAUUUAAUUGGGAUUUUUACCAUUUGAUUUACACAACAUACUUAACACUUUGAAGGUGCAAAAUAUUUUUUAUUGUGACACAAAAAAUAAUUAAACAAAAAAAAGACAUUUGUUGGUUGCAUAAGUAUUCACCCCCAAGUCAAUACUUGGUAGAAGCACCUUUGGCAGCAAUUACAGCUGUGAUUUGGGUAAGUCUCUACCAGCUUUGCACAUCUGGAUCCUGCAAUUUUUGCCCAUUCUUCUUGGCAAAAUUGCUCAAGCUCCGUCAAGUUGGAUGGGGACCGUUGGUGAACAGCAAUUUUCAAGUCUUGCCACAGAUUCUCAAUCGGAUUGAGGUCUAGGCUUUGACUGGGCCAUUCUAAGACAUUCAGGUUCUUGUUUUUAAACCACUCCAGUGUAGCUUUGGCAGUGUGUUUAGGGUCAUUGUCCUGCUGGAAGGUGAACCUCAGUCCCAGGUCUCUUGCAGACUGAAACAGGUUUUCCUCUAGAAUUUCCAUGUAUUUGGCUCCAUCCACCUUGCCCUCAAUUCUGACCAGUUUCCCAGUCCCUGUUGAUGAAAAGCAUCCCCAUAACAUGAUGCUGCCACCACCAUGCUUCACUGUGGGGAUGGUGUUCUCAGGGUGAUGAGCAGUGUUGGCUUUGCGCCACACAUAGCGUUUUGCGCUAAGGCCAAAAAGUUCAAUUUUGGUCUCAUCAGACCAGAGAACCUUUUUCCACGUGUUUGCUGUGUCUCCCACAUGCCUUUUGGCAAAAUCCAAACGGGAUUUGAUAUGGGUUUUUUUCAGCAAUGGCUUUCUUCUUGCCACUCUUCCAUAAAGUCCAGCUUUGUGGAGCGUCCGAGUUAUAGUUGUCCCAUGGACGGUUUCUCGCCAUAUUCUUUCCAUUUUUUAAUAAUGGAUUUAACGGUGCUCCGGGGGAUGUUCAAAGUUUGGGAUAUUUUUUUAUAACCCAACCCUGAUUGGUGCUUCUCCAGAACUUUAUCCCGGACUUGUUUUGAUAGCUCCUUGGUCUUCAUGAUGCUGUUUGUUUAGAUAUGCUCUCUGACAAACUCUGGGGCCUUCCAGAAACAGGUGUAUUUAAUCUGAGAUUAUGUGACACUUUAAUUGCACACAGGUGGACUCCAUUCAACUAAUUAUGUGACUUCUCAAGGCAAUUGGUUGCACUACACCUUAUUUAGGGGUGUCACAGCAAAGGGGGUGAAUACAUGCAAUCAAGACUUUUCAGUUUUUUAUUUGUAAAUAAUUUUGAUUCCAGGUUGUAAGACUACAAAAUGUGGAAAAGUCCAAGGGGGGUGAAUACUUAUACGAACGAGAGAGAGAGAGAGACAGACAGACAGACAGACAGACAGACAGUGUAUCACCUUCUAAAGGUUCCGACACCUACCUCAGUAACAUAAAUAGUGUGAAGCCACAAGCAAGUAGGCUGUUCAAUAUCAGGUCACAACCCCAGUUGCUUGAUGUACAUUCAUAACCUUUUGAAAAAUGUAGUAGCUAAUUGUCUUUUACCAUUAUAUACCUAUUUAAACAUUUCUUUCCGUUUGUGAUGCCAUAAAUGUACCUGUUGGGGUUUCUUUAUUUAAUAAAGAAUAUACAGAAUAAUUUCCCAUCAGCUUCCUCUGAAACACUAGAACAGAUUUUUAGCUUGUAUAUUCGCUUUUUUUUAUCUGAAUGGUUUUAUUUGUAGUACAGAACAUCUCUAAUUCUUAUUUUGUCAUCUCCCUGUAAACUAUAAAACUGUUUGUGCUUUAGCGUCAGGUCAGCAGCAGUAUUAAAUACUAACAGGAGUUUGUCAAUACUGCCAUUUCUUACAUGGACAGGGUUGGAGGACUGCAUGAUUCUUUGAAGAUAAUUUCCUAUUGUACAUUAGUUUUUACCAAAAUGUUCAACUUUUAUUCUAUAUUUUUUAUGCCAAAGCUGUAUUAAAUUAUGUAUCCUUGCUUUUAAUUAAUCUUGUGUAUUACACACUAGAAAAUCUGAGCAGGUAGUUGUGUGCUUGAGAUAGAGAUGGACAUACUGUAUAUUGUAAAAUCCACAAUUUUGGACUAUCAACUUUAAAUUGAACUUACAUCUGUUGUUUUUAGAAGAAACUAAUCUACAGUCAGCACUCUGAUAUCCGACCCUAUAAAAUUUUGACUUCAGUAAAGGUUAAACGAGUGUGACGCGUAUCUGAUUAUCUAAGGUGAUUUGACGUGUAUGUAGGUGAGCAUGUGGUAACUUGCCCCCUGCACACACACACACACACACAUUUCGUACGGAAAGAAAAAAAUAUUACUUGGGUUUGAGGAACUGUACAGGGAGACGUUUAUUGUAAUGCAUAUUUUUCUUUUAUUUGGCACUGUUGCCGUAUUAUUUUUCUUAUUUUGACAUAUCACAAGAGAUGGAUCAUGAUGGUAGAUCAUUCAUGGAAGAUUUGAUUCUGCAGCGUCAAGGCAGAAUAUUUACAGCAGUCUGUCUCGAAUGUUUAAUUAUUUGAAGAUGGUCCUCCUGGUAGUUUCGUUUUUCAUCCAGAGCGGUAUUUCACUGAUUCUUUCAUUGAAAUGUAUUAGCGCACGACUUGGGGUGAAUAGCACCAUAGUAAAAGUCAAACACUUGUCCGUUUUUUUCAGGGAACACAAAAAAGAUACAAUGUCAGAAAAUACAUAGCUGAAAGGACUGUUUUAAAACAUAUAUGCUUCCAUUUAGAUGUACUGUAGUUGGUUUUGUUGGUACAGUACUAUAUUUUCAACAGUAAUAGUAUUUUAAUUCAUAACGAUAUGAUUCUGAAAAUAUCACUUGCCAAAAUAGACGACACGUGGACUAUAAUAUUCUUUUAAAUCGAGUACCUAUUGUACUAGCAUAAUGUAAAACUCCCCAUUAACGACCCAACAGCAAAAUGAAAUCAACCCAUGCACAAAACUGCGUAAAACAUAGAAGGCAAUGCAAUUUAGCAAAAGAUAAAAAAAAAACACACACACACACACCAGUUUACAGAAUUAAAACAGUAUACAAAAUCAGUAUUCAAAAUUGCAAAAUAUAGUGCUCGAGAAGGCCCUAAGGUCACAGUAAAAAUAUAUAUAAUAAAUGCAUCACAUCAUCUAAAACUGUUUAAUGAUUAACUUUUACAAUACAGUAGCUUUUCUCGUUUGCUUUGUUUUUAGAGGAAGCACUGUAUAACUGCACAGUAACAAAGACAGACUGAUUUGCCAUACCAGAAACAAAAAAAAACUUUGGGCUGUGCCGGUUAAACAAGUACAUUGUAACACUGAAGAGACUGGCUUUGUAUGAGAAAACUGGUGACCAACGUGUAUCUGGGUACCGGAUAUCCGAGUGCUGACUGUAUUACACUUCAAAUCAAGGCAUAGAAGCAAAACCAAAAAAAGAAACCAAUGACAGCAUCUCUUUAUAUAUAUUUUAUUACAUUUCAGUUAGUUUCUAUAGGCACAAUACAAGGACUGUGUACGUAUGACACAAUGUACAGAACUUGAAUACGAUUUCAAUACUCUACAUUUCUGCUUAGGUAUUUUACAAACUCAACGUGACACCAACUGUCUGCAAGGCAAAAGUUCUAUACAAAAAAAAAAAAAAACUCAAUUAUUACUAUAUACAAAAAAAAUGACAAAA